AUGGACACCGACUACAGAAUUGGAAUCGAGAUGGAGAUGUUGCUGACGCCCUUCAAAGAAGACUACGACGAAUCCGGGGGCCUCUUCGACAACACGCCUCGACUAUGCAACGCCGUUUACAACGCCGGCGAAGAUGAAGACAAAGUCUCUACUUCAGCUCCAUACGCCGAAUGGUCUGUCACAAACGAUGUGACAAUUCGCCCUUAUAGUGAUGGACAGCGGCCCCUGGAAUCAGUGUCUCCAGUAUUCAACUACAGUGAGCAAAGCUCAUGGCACAGAGAUGUUGCACAAGUGUUCGCAACCAUAGAACGCAAGUAUUCCAUCGAAUGCAACCAGUCAUGUGGUCUCCAUGUCCACAUUUCACCUCCGGCGAACAAUCCUGUCUGGAGUAUUAAAACGCUGAAGUCGAUAUGUCGAUGUAUAUUUCACUUUGAGGGUGCCAUUGAGGCCCUUGUUCCAGAACAUCGGCGGGGCAACAUGUGGGCUAUGAACAAUCGCUGUGGAAACUCGAUGCUCAGGGGGAAGAGCAUUAGGGCUUGUUGCGCUCUUGUGGACAAGUGCAAUAGCGCUGCAGAAAUCGCCGAUUUGAUGAAUGAUGACGGCCGGAGGUUCUUCUCCUGGAACUUCACAAAUCUAUACAAGGGAAGAAAAGCAACCAUCGAGUUUCGCCAGGCCCCCGGAGCAACCGAGCCAAAAGGUUGUACCCCAUGGGUUGAAUUCGUUGCCUCCUUCGUUCAUGCAUCGAAGAUGACCUCGUCUCACCAUGGCCUCAUUCAAUAUGCUCGAACUGUCCAGGGUCUACAUCAAUUCAUCACGCGCACCGAUCUCCCUGGCUCUAGGCGCGGUCUCCUUGAAAUGCUGUUCCAAGGAAAGAGGGGAUACAUAGUCCCACGGGCUCUUCGCGAUUUGACAAUAGAAGAAGAACUUCUUCAACAAACCAAAGAGAGGGAGAAAAAUGAGAAGAACUUGGUUAUGGAAAAGCUGGAAUACUUGAUUUCAGCAUUCAACCUUGUUGAGUCCUAG